AUGGAUGAACUUGAUAAACGGUAUUGGAAGUUGAUGGAGGAACACAGAGCUUUGCGCGAGAAAUUUGAAGAAUUUGAAAAUGAAACUGCUACUGGUGCUGCUCCGGAUGAAUUAGAUAGUUGGAAACAUCAAUAUCAUGAAUUGAUGGAAAAGCUCAACAACACUGCUCAUCAAUCUGCUGAGUACUACUUUACUUCUAUGAAGCAUGAUGAUGAGGAGCUAGGUGCUCUUUUGACAGCAAGAGAUGAAGAAUUGAAGAAGCUUUAUGAUUACUCAAAAAAGUGUCAUGAUGUGAAGAGUGCAAUCUACUUGAAUGGACUGAGGGAUGGACUCCUAGCGGCACAUGCCAUCUCACUUGCUCUUGACAUGGAUGAAACAAUGGAUCCACUGCUGGAUAUUCCAAGCACUGCUGGUCUAGCCCCUUCGGUUCAUAGUUUUCGGUCAUGUUUUAGCUCUUUGCUCGCUUGUUUAUUUAUGACAGAUUCUUAGUUCUACUGGUUGUAAAAUGAAUGAUUCUCUUAUAUUGUAUAGAGUGUACUGUAAGCA